GGAAGCGCUGAUAGUUCACUGGAAAAUGUUAAACUAGCUAGCUAGUAUUUAAGUGUAAAGAGCAUUUGAACUGCUUUGCAGUCUGUAAAGAGAGUAAUGUUCACAAACUGUUCCCUCGGACAUUGUCAUAUUAUCAUUGCUGUGGUUCUUUGGUCCAUUUGUGUAGACUCGAGGAAAAUCAGAGGAAUUUCUUUAUCGUAUAAGAGGUUUUAUAGAGAAAGAAAAUCCUUCCUGUGUAUCGAUGGGUCCAAAAUGAUCCCUUUUGACCAGGUGAAUGACGACUACUGCGACUGUGUGGAUGGGUCAGAUGAACCAGGCACUGCAGCCUGUCCUAAUGGCCGAUUCUACUGCACCAACCUCGGCUACCGCUCUCACUACAUACCAUCUUCACGUGUCAAUGAUGGCAUCUGCGACUGCUGUGAUGCUUCAGAUGAGUACAGGAGUCAAACGCCUUGCCAAAACACAUGCAGGAAUCUGGGACAGAGGGAGCGAGCGGAGGUGGAGGGCCAGAUGAGGGUCCUGGGUGAGGGGCUGAGGCUCAAGCAGCAGCUGAUCGAGGAAGGCGUCCUCACCUGGCGGGAGAAACAGGCCCAGCUUCGUGACCUGCAGCGGGUCUCUGACGACCUACAGGCACAACUGGACGAUCUCAGGAAGGAGGAGGCAAGGAGGAAGGAGGAGGCAGACGCACUCAGAGAGCGGGAGAUAGGGGCACGGGAAACGSCGGACAACAGUCCCACAAGUCACUAUAGGCCUGAGUCUCCAAUCAGCGUUUUCAAAGAGUUGGACAGCAAUAGAGAUGGAAGUAUUACCGUGGAUGAAGUCCAGGCGAAACUCUCUCCCGUCCAGGAUGAGGAGCAUGCUCUCUCGGAAGAUGAAGCCGUGGCUUUGCUAGGAGGGGCCCACCGGGUUGAUCUCUCCAGGUUUGAGGAGACACUCUGGACCAGUCUGAGGACGGGUGACAAUGUAACAAUCAAAGGGAGACAUGGUGUGCCAGGCAGUCUGGCAGAUGAAGACCCCAACAUCAAGGCCGCCGUGAGCG